AUGGAUCUAGCGAUCGCCAUGUACAAAAAAGCUAAGCGCUUCGACGCCAUGGUACGCCUCGUGGCCAAGCACCGGCCGGACGUGCUCAAGGAGACCCACCAGUACCUUGCGCAGCAGCUGGAGAUGGAGGGGAGCCUGAAAGAGGCCGAGCACCACUACGCCGAAGCCGGGGAAUGGCUAAGCGCUGUCAACAUGUACCGAUCGAGCGACAUGUGGAACGACGCCUUGCGGGUGGCCAAGUUCUACGGGGGCCAGAGCGCGCACAAAAGGGUUGCGUACGCCUGGGCGCUGGCGCUGGGCGGGGACGCAGGGGCAAAGCUCCUCAACAAGCAGGGUCUGAUCGAGCCGGCGAUAGAGUACGCCACCGAGUCCGGCGCCUUCGACCACGCCCUCGAGCUUGCCCAGGCUUGCUGCCCGGCAAAGCUCCCCGGUAUCCACCUCAAGCACGCACUGUUCCUGGAAGACGAAGAACGCUUCAAAGAGGCGGAGAUGGAGUUCUUGCAGGCCGGGAAGCCGCGCGAGGCCAUCGACAUGUUCGUGCACCAGAAGGCCUGGGCCGACGCGUGCCGCGUCGCCGAGGGCCACGACCCUCCCGCCGUGUCCGACGUGCUGUGCGCCCAAGCCGUGGACGUGGCGGCGGCGGGGGAUCGAGCCGCGGCUGAGGACUUGUACGUGCGCGCCGCCAAGCCCGAGAAGGCGCUACAGUGCUACGAAGAGGCGGGAAUGUGGAGAGAUGCACUUCGGGUGUGCCAAAGGCAUCUGCCGCACCUAGCGCACAAGGUUCACGCGCAAUACCAGGCCGCUCAGGCGAUGACCGGCACCGGCGGAACCAAGGCGGACUACCUCAGCGCCGGCCGCGCUCUGGAGCAGAACAGGGACUGGUCCGCCGCCAUCGACGCCUACCUCAAGGUGUGGCUCGCUGGCGGUAUCGAUGUCCUAGACUGGCGUGCCUCUGCAUGGAUGCCCCAAGCUACCCAGAGUGCGACGAUGAACGCUGAGGACCUGGAAGAGGUGUGGGAGAGAGCCAUUACCGUGGCCAGAGUAGACCUACCAAACAGGCAUAUGGUGGUCGUGCGGGAGGUGUCGCGUCGCCUGGCGGACAUGGGGAGGCACGAGGCGGCCGCGGAGGUGCUGAGGGCGGCGGACCAGCCGGAGGAGGCGGUGGCCGUGGCAGUGGCCGGGGGCGCGUGGGAAAAGGCGCGAGAAUCCGCCAGGGGUCACGGGCAGCUGGCCGAGAAGGUCGAGAGCGCGUACCAACAGCACCUCAUGCGGGGCGAGGCCACAGAGGAACUACUACAGAUGGGUCAGACAAACGCGGCCCUCGACAUUCUCGCUCAGAAGGGAGAGUGGGACCGAUUGUGGGAAUCAGCUGCGAAGCAGGGGUCGGGGGUGGAAACCCUUGCGAAGUACGCCGGCCUUCGAGUGAGAUCGGUUCUGGAUGAUGAAGCCAGUUGGGAGAAGCCAGUUCCCGGCAGCGACGACAGGCGAGAGCUAGACGACGCCGUCCUGGUCCUACAAGAGAAGGGGGCACCGCCGAUAACCUCGGGGCCCGGCAGGUCGUCCUCCGCCGUGGGGGCCGGCGUCUCGAGUGGCAGCGGCGGGCCGGCCGCCGACAUGUACGAGAGGCUAGUGAAGGCCGUCCUCGGGAGGGACAAGGAGGCGUCGGCACGGCCCGGGGCGCAGGAGACGGUGGAGCGGUUACUCCGGGUUCUGCAAGAUCAGGCGCACAACUUGAAGGCUGGUUCGCUGUGCAAGGACCUCGGCAACGAGAACCUCGCCUUCGUGCUGCUCAACCGCUACGUGGACCUGACCGAGGCCAUCGACGAAGGAAACGCCUCCCUGCUCGACAACUCCGAUUUCACGGAGGCCACGAACGUCCCCCUCGUGGACGACAGGACCCUCCCUACCAAACAGCACAUUCCCGUGGAAUCAGAACGCGAAGAGGUGAGGGACUGGGUGCUGUCCGUGUGCAUGGACGCCAAGAUCGAUCAGGCUUUGCCGCCAGAGAAGGAAGCCGGUGGGACGCUGUAUCAGGGGCUAUACGCGUCGGAGCUGCCUAGUUGCGUCGUGACCGGCCUUCCGGUCCACAAGCGAGACCUUAUUCAGGUGGGUGUUAUUUCGUGUGUGUAGAGGGUGGGGUGACCUGGUGUGCUUGUUUGUCGGUUGUGAAAACAAUUGAUGUGGCUAGCCUACUGCUGUACACUUCUUUUGACAGCAGCAGCAGCAAAUGUAUGAUGCGACUAGAUUUCCUCCCGACGUUGAUCAAAGAUGCAACUAACUACAGAGCGAAGACGGUUCAGGUUCCAGUUUUGCCGACACUUGUCCCGCCCCCUUCCUCCGUGUCGCUCUGCUUUGGCCUCCGUUCCCUUCCAACAAUUAAUUGGAACACCCGCAACAACAAACGAAAAGGUCAAUCAUGCAAGAGCGAACAAGCGAGACUGGAACGCGUACGUUCGUAUCUUCCGGCGGUGUCCGUGGACAGGGGUAGACGCCAGUCCUCAGUACUGACGAAUUGAAGCACUUUUUCGUCAACGGAGGUCUUGCUAGUUUUCCUCACGAACACUUUUUUCUUUAAGGCAGGAUAGAUUUGCUGGUUGUUGGCUUCCUUCUUGGAGUCCAUUCUUUGUGGGUUGAUGCGUUCUGUGAG